AAUUUUUAGAAAUGCCAUUCAAAAUAGUAUUUAAUAGAAAGAUUCAUAAACUGCCUCUUCAUAUAACAACAAUGCAGGCAAUAAGAUCUUCAAUAGAGAAACUCUAUCCAUAAAUAGAUCCUAGUUAUCAUCUCGUCUUUUUCUAUAAUCAAGAGCCUCUUGAAGUAAGGAAUAAAAUUAUCUAUUCAAGAUAAUACAUGAAGAUGCAUUAGUGAUACUUUUAAAAAUUUUGCAAUUGUCCACAUAUAAAUUAUUUAUAUUUGAAAAUAAUAUAGGAUAAUUAACAGAAGAAGGUAUAUUUUUCAUUUAAAUAAUUAGAUCUUAAAUUUAUGGAAUAGUCUAGUAUCUACAACGCUAGUGUAAUAUAGAUAGAUUAAAAUUUAAAAUAAUAAUAAGUAAGGCCAGAUCGUUAAUAAUAAAACCAACUUGAAAAAGUGAUUCAAUAGAAGCCUAAUAAAGAAAUUGAGCAUUAACCAAUUUAAUAAAAUAUGACUUAAUUAUAGCAAUAACAAUCCUAAUAAUAAUGCCAUUAACAAAAUUUAUAAUAAUAACAAAAUCCAUAAGAAUAAUAAAAUAAUUAUCAAUCUUUAUUAUAAGGAUAUUACCCUUCUUAAAAAGAUUAAAUUUAACCUUAAGCUCCUUUAGGUCCAUAGUUUUAAUAUCCUAAAAUAGAAAUAGACAUAAAUUAAGAAGCUUAUAAGAUAGAGGUGAUUUAAAAUUAAUAGGUUUAAAGCUAUCCAGAUAAGGAAUUUAUAUGGAGAUUAGUAUUAAAGAAUUCUGGUUCUAAAACUUGGCCUCAAACUAUGAAAAUAAGAUGUAAUGAUAAUCCAUUCAAAACUAAAUAAUUUCUUUUACCUGAAGCUAUACCUGGAUAGGUUAUUGAAAUACCAAUUAAAUUGAAAGCUCCUUCAAAAAUAGAUUCAUUUUUUACAAAUUGGGGGUUUUAUUACUUAGAAAACACUUUAGAAUGUGCAUUAUAAUUUACAAUUUGUCUUUUCUUAGAUAUCAUCAUGGAAUGUAUAAAUUAUUAAUUAUAAUCAGAACUUGAAUAAAGGUUUAUAGGUACAUAGAUUUUAGUUAAAGCAGAAUAAGUAAAAGCUAUAAUGACGGAUCAGAGUAUCAACUAUUUAUGCAAGUUUAUUGAAAAACAUAAAAUUCUUAAAUGGAGAGUAGAUGAGAUAAUCAAUAAGAUCUAUGACGAAUAAUCUUAAAAAUGAUAUUUUU